CGAAACCGAAAGAAGAAGUUUAUUAGAGAAAACUAGAUGUGUUUGGAAAUAAAGUCGACCGUUGAAAAAUUGAUUUUGGAAUAAAAAGCAAUGGCACCACUUCUUGUUGCUGCGAUUGAUUUUGGAACAACGUACUCUGGAUGGUCUUAUUCGUUUAAACACCAUUUUCAUCUUGACCCAACAAAAGUCGUGACGAAGCGUUGGCAUGGAGACCAGUUAAUGUCAAUGAAAGCACCGACAUGUGUUCUGAUCGAACCCGAUGGGAACACUUUCUCAGCGUUUGGAUAUGACGCUGAAAACAAGUACACAAGUCUAGUAGAAGCGGAGGAACAUGACAAAUGGUACUUCUUCAAAAGAUUCAAGAUGAAGCUUUACGAUAAGGACAUAAAGAGAGACAUGGAAAUUGAAGAUGAAACAGGAAAGAAACUUAAAGCAAAUUUCGUUUUCUCGGUUGCAAUAAGAUUUCUUAAAGAUGACCUUUUAAAAAGCAUUGAAGAACGUGUUAAGGGAGGCUGCAGACCCGAGGAGAUCAGUUGGGUUUUGACAGUUCCCGCUAUCUGGGAUGAUGGUGCGAAGCAGUUUAUCAGAGAAUCAGCCGAAAGUGUAAGAAUAGCCCUAAGUAGUUUAUAUCUUAAUUCUAUAAAUGGUUUUUGA